AUGAACAGAAUAUUUGGUUACGGUAAUAAGAAGAGCCAUGAACAACUCAUGAAGGAGUCUAACCAAGCAAUGACUCAGGCUCAACAGGGGCUUCAAUCAAAAAUAUCACAAUUAGAUACUCAAAUCUCUCAAAUAAAUAUACAACUACAAACUAUUCAAAAAAGAUUAAGUAACGUCCGUUCUCCAGCGGGACAGAAACCUUUGAGAGCACAAGCAUUGAAAUUAUUAAAUAAAAGAAAGAAAUUAGAACAAAUGAGGGAAUCCUUAGAUAAUCAAGAUUGGUCAAUGACUCAAUCUAAAAUGAUGAGUGAUACAUUAGCAAAUACAAUGGUUAGCGUAAACGCUUUGAAACAAAGCAAUAAGGCAUUGAAAUCCCAAUAUGGUAAGAUCGACAUAGAUAAAUUAGAAGACAUGCAAGAUGAAAUGGUAGAUUUAAUUGAAAAGGGUGAAGAAUUACAAAAUGCUUUAAAUAUGAAUACAAAUUCUUUAGACGUUGACGAUAUAGAUGAGGACGAAUUAGACGCUGAAUUAGACGCACUAGCAGAGGAUGACCUAAUGGGAUUCAAUACAGAAGGGAAUGAUCUGUUGGAUACAGGUGCAACGGCGGAUGGUGUCCCAUCAUAUUUAAGUAGCGCCAUCCCUCAAUUCAUCGAUGAAGAACCAUCCAGUUCCUUAACUAAUGACAAAGAACUUGAACACGCCUAA